AUGGAAUACCAAAUGGAAAAACUGAAAUUGGAAGGAAUUGAAAGGGAGGAAAGUACGACAAAAAUGAAAGACGAGGUUCGAUCAGCGUUAGAAAUAUUGAACAAAACUAUGGAUAAAUUUGAGAUGAGUCUAAAAGUAAAAGCAAACUCUUUUGAGCAAAGCAUUGCUGUCAGAGUUGGUGAAUUGCGGAAAACAAUGGAUCUUAUUGCAGGUAUACAUGACAAAGCCAAAGUACCAUCGGUAGCAUUUAAAGCACGGCUUAAUUCCCACUUAACGGCGGCUUCCGUCGGGGACUAUAUAGUUUUCCCGAUCAUGAUGUUUAACGAGGGAAGCGCAUUUGAUUCUAGCACUGGUAAAUUUACUGUUCCUGUAAAUGGAACGUACUUAUUUACAGUUAUAUUCUGCGUUUGGAGCAAGCAAAGCCUUUACAUCGAUAUCACAGUGGACGGUCAAACAACCCAGCCGAUAGUUCUCCGUAGUGAAGUCAACUCUGCAUGCCAGUCAGCUGCCUUGAUAGAAGUCUUGAUUGUUGGCCAGACCGUCGGAGUUAAAGUGACAAACGGUUUCUCAACACAUACGGUUCAUCAUGGUUCAUACAGAUGGAACACAUUCUCUGGAACUUUGAUACGUGGUAAUUGA